AUGCCAUUUGUCAACAAGAGUAAUUUUUUCAAGCCAGAGAGUGCUCCAUUCUACAAUCCAAAAGAUCAGAGAAAAGUAGCUUUAAUUACCGGUGGUAAUUCAGGUAUUGGUUGGUUUACUGCCCUUCAUUUGUACUUGCAUGGCUAUAUUGUUUACGUGGCUGGUAGAACCGAAUCAAAAGUAUUGAAAGCUAUUGAAGAUAUUAAAGUUGAAGCGGAAAAGAGAAAAGGUAGUAAUCCUACUGGUGAAUUAAACUAUAUUCACAUUGAUUUAACGGACCUUUCUACUGUCCCUAAAGCAGUCGAUCAAUUUUCUGAAAAGGAACAAUCUUUGGAUAUUUUAAUCAACAAUGCCGGGUUGAUGGGUGUUCCAUAUGAAGUUACAAAAGAUGAUUAUGAAAUCCAAUAUCAAGUUAAUUUUGUUUCUCAUUUCUUGUUAACUAUGAAAUUAAUACCAUUUUUAGAAAAUGCAGCCGAAAAAGGUGUUACACCAAGAAUUGUCAAUUUGGCUUCAGUUGGUCAUAACUUUGAAUUCAAACAUAUUCCUCCAGAAAAGAAUAAAUUGAACAACUUUCCAAAUAGUAUCUACACUUGGGUUAGAUAUGGACUUGCCAAAACUUCACAAAUCCAAUUUGCUAAAGAAUUGGCUGUCAAGUAUCCAACAAUUUUAAGUUUAUCUGUUCAUCCUGGUGUUAUUCUUGGUACUGAGUUGUAUAAUUAUUGGAAGAAUUUACCAGUUAUUGGAUUGGCUGCUAAAGGUGUUUUUGCUGCAGCUGAUAAAACCAUUGGUGUUUCUGUUGAAGAAGGGUCUUUGGCUAGUUUAAGGGCUGCAUUAGAUCCAAGCUUGACAUUAAAAGAAAAUGGAUCUUAUUUUACCACUGGUGGUACUAUUGAUAAUCCAAGUAAGAUUGCAUCUAAUCCAGAAUAUGCUAAAGAAACAUGGACUUGGAAUAUUGAACAAUUAAAGAAACGUGGUUUCUUAGUCUAA